AUGAGUGAACUUGGUGCUGCUGAGCUAGAGAUUGCUCGUAAAUAUGACUUGACCAAGAAGGUUAUUCCAUUCUUAGAUAGACACUUGAUCUACCCAAUUUUAGAAUCCCUAAGAUCAGAAGAUUUAUAUGAUGAUAAAGCUAUAACUCAAUUAACUUUUGAUUUAUUCAAAGAAACCAAUAUGAUCAGUUUCGUUAAAGAACAAUGGAAAACUUUGAAUCCAAAUGCUCAAGUUCCAAAAGAAUUAGAAGAAAAAGAAGCAAAAGUUGAUGAAAUUUUCAAUAAAUUAAACAAUGAAACUAAAGAAACUUUAGAUAUUUUAAACUUACCAGAAGUUCAAGAUCAUUUAAAACAAGAUAAACAAUUCAACAGAGAAUAUUUAGAAAAGAACCAUGGUAUCACUGAAUCCAAAAUUAAUGCCUUGUAUGAAUUUGGUCAAUUCCAAUAUAAUCGUGGUGAUUACGUUAUGGCUUCUGAUUUAUUAA